CCGCGUGUGGCCUGAGGGGCGGCGGGGCGGCGCCGCCCCGUUCCGCUAGUUCUGUGCAAAGGCGCUGCUGUGCUGACAGCCUUGUAAACCCCGCGGCCAGGCACAUCUAUUCCAGCUGGGGUGGGCAGGGGGAAGGCUGAUGACCCUCGGGCUCGAGAGUGCCUUGGCUUGGCCACCUGCGAGCCAUUUGCCGCUGCCUUCUCCUUCCCUGGUGGCACAGCUGAAGACCAGGCGGUUCAUUUUUACCCUGAUUGGAGGUUGUCCUGGAAGAGGGCCAGCCCUUGCCAGAGCACAUCUCUCUCUCCCUUGCACGGGGCCAAUGAGUCUUUGUGCCACACCUCGCACCGUGGGCCGCAUCCACAGCACCACUCCUCAGCUGCCCUGCUCCUGCUCCCAAGCCACCCAGGCAUCUCCAAGGCAAGUUUCCUCUGCCUCUGUGUACAGCAACAGAAGAGAGAAAAACACUGGGAAGAUGUUGGAAAAUAUGAUAGUAAAACUGCAAACACUGACAGCAUCUCCCAGGUCCUGUGCUACCACCUCCCAUCACUCUCCUGAGGACAGCAGGACUGAGUGGCAGGAAAUGUCAGGAGCCCAACAGGAGCCCAACCCCAAGAGGCAGCACACCACGCACAGCACCUCUGACCCUCUUCCCUGCCGAGCUCUCGAGCUCUGCUGGCUCUGUUCCCAGUGUGGAUGCUCACCCUCCCACGGUGACAUUGACAUCCCCACAGAUUCUCUGCAUCACAAAUGAACUGCAAAGGUGCCAGCAAGGGAAGAGGAAAGGACACCUUUGAACUCCUGACCUGGUCUCUCUUCUCUGGCAGCCAAAAUCUGGGCAGAGCCUUCCUUCAAACUGCAGCAGCAAAAGCUCACCCAGGGGUGCUGGAAGGCACUGGGGGUGGGUCCAGCCACGUUUCCAUGCCCAGGUGGUGCAGCCAAGCUAACCAGCUGGAGUGUGGAGGAGCAAGGACUGCUCUGCAGUUUUAAAAGGGGAAAUUAUUUUUCUGCCAGACCAUCCCAAGCUUCCAGCACUUGCCACACCAUCUGACCAUGGGCUACAUUUAAAACAUGCUUUCCGGCUCUUUCUUACCCUGGAAAGGAUAUGAAUAACAAGCUGGUACAACCUUCUUAUAAUGCCACAUUUUUCUGGUUAGUAAAGUCUCUGGCAAAAACAUGAAGAAGAGGAUGGCUUGCUAUGUGCCAGCACACCAGAUGCAGGAUGGAUGCCUGUAUGAUGACAGACAGCUGGACAUCACCUUCUCUAGCAGCACCCUGGCCUGGGAAACGCCCUGACCCUGGGGAGGUGGAAAGGUAGGGUGACUCAGAGAAGACAAGUGCCCAUUUUCCAAUAGCCUUUCCACCAAACCAAACACUUGGAAGCACUGGUGGAGCCAUGAGCAAGUUGUGGGCAGUAGAACUAAUGAGACUUCAUUUCCUAUGGAUCCGUGUCUUGCGGCUGGACUUUCCAGUGUCUGAAGACCAUAUGAGCACCAAGGAGUCACUCUCUGUGGUCAGGGUGUUCACAGCCUCUCCCUCUGCAUUCCCACCUUGGAUUCCUCCUCCAGCCUCUAACUGGAGCUGGGCUCAGGCCAUCAGCUCUCCAAGGGCAUUGGCAACACCCUCUUCCCCCAGCUCCUCACCUUCCCUUCCUGGGCUCUGCCUCUGGCUUAAUCUCUCGGAAACAAAUACUUUCACUGCGUGGUCGGCUGAAAUAGAUCCAGGUCGACUCAAAAAUAGAGGGCAAACUAGCAGGCAGAAGUGACUAACAAAAAUGCCUAUAGUAGGAAAGCCAGCAUAACAACCUUACAUAAACAUUAAAUAUAAAGCAGGAACAGCCCACAUCCUUGAGACUAGAAGCCACAAAUGAAAACUUUCUCAGGGCCAGGAGAUGCUGGGCAUGUACCGCACACCCCUGAGCUCUCAGGGCAGUGAGGGAGAGGGAGGAAGCUCCCAGUUACCUCCCUGGAUAUCAGCACUGUCAGCUUCCCAAGCUUCCCCUGCAUGCCCAGAAAACUCAGCAGUGCAGUCCCUGCUGUGGGCAUGAGGAUCAGCGAGCAUCCCAACCACUGCACAGUCCUGCCACAGGUCACCCAGCACAGCAGCACAGGGCAGAGUGGGAAAAGGCUGGUAAACCCAUCUGUUUGGUACACAGCUGGGCAGGCACACACUGCAUUUCCCACAUUAAAAGUGGAUCUGUUUUGCAUAUGGUUCUUAACCUCAGUGAAACUAAUUAUGUAGUGCCAGCAAGGAAACACUGAGCUUUGCUGACCUGCACAUGGUUCAGUGCCACGGACUGCCUGUUGCUGCACUAAACACUGCCUCACAUUAAUCUUUUGCAAGGGCACAGAGACUAAUGUUUCACCGUGAAGAUACACAACAAAAUAAACAGAACAGAUCAGAUGCAGAAAUGAAAGGUUACCCAGCUCGAUUUACAAUGUUGGAGGUGUCAUAUGCCCCAAGCUAUAUAGUAUUUAAAAUAGACAGAAAAUGAGGUCAGGCACGUUCUAGUGACCAUGGGGCUUGCUGUCAAAGGCAGGGGCAGGAGCACGGUGCAGCCACAGCACAGCAUCACGGUGCCUGCUGGAGGGGACCAGCGACUCCCCUGCCCCGGGGCUGCAGUAGGAGGGAGGAGUGAUGCAGGCACAGCUCCCUGCAUGCACACUGGGCAGGAGCCAGCAGCAAACGUGGCUGGGCUGAAGGAAGGGCCCUUGUCGCCAUGGAGAAUCAAAACCCACCCCACCCCCCCGCCCCCAGCAGCUCUGGCAC